AGCGUGGCUCCACGCCUCCUUUCCCUCAGCUGGCGGCGAGCAUGGCCGGCUUCGAGGAGCUCGGGCUGUCAUCGUGGCUGGUGAAACAGUGUCACCAGCUAGGUUUGAAGCAGCCCACGCCCGUGCAGCUCGGCUGCAUCCCCGCCAUUCUGGAGGGUCGGGACUGCCUGGGAUGUGCCAAAACGGGCAGUGGCAAGACGGCAGCCUUUGUCCUGCCCAUCUUGCAGAAGCUGUCGGAGGACCCCUAUGGCAUCUUCUGCCUCGUCCUGACGCCUACCAGGGAACUGGCUUAUCAGAUUGCUGAGCAGUUCCGCGUCCUGGGGAAGCCUCUGGGCCUGAAAGAUUGCAUCAUCGUCGGCGGCAUGGACAUGGUGGCACAGGCCUUGGAGCUGUCCCGCAAGCCCCACGUGGUCAUCGCCACGCCAGGGCGCCUGGCUGACCACCUCCGCAGCUCCAACACCUUCAGCAUUAAGAAGAUCCAGUUCCUGGUGAUGGAUGAGGCCGACCGGCUUCUGGAGCAAGGCUGUACCGACUUCACGGCAGACCUGGAGGUCAUCCUGGCGGCGGUGCCGGCGCGCAGGCAGACGCUGCUGUUCAGCGCCACGCUCACCGACACACUCAGGGAACUGCAAGGUCUGGCCACCAACCAGCCCUUCUUCUGGGAGGCUCAGGCUCCGGUGUCCACAGUGGAGCAGCUGGACCAGCGCUACCUGCUGGUACCCGAGAGGGUCAAGGACGCGUACCUGGUGCACCUCAUCCAGCGCUUCCAGGAUGCGCAUGAGGACUGGGCCAUCAUCAUUUUCACCAGCACGUGCAAGACCUGCCAGAUCCUGUGCAUGAUGCUCCGGAAGUUCGGCUUCCCCACAGUGGCCCUGCACUCCAUGAUGAAGCAGAAGGAGCGCUUUGCUGCCCUGGCCAAGUUCAAGUCCAGCAUCUACCGGAUUCUGAUCGCCACUGAUGUGGCCUCCCGGGGCCUGGACAUCCCCACGGUGCAGGUGGUCAUCAACCACAACACCCCCGGGCUCCCCAAGAUAUAUAUCCAUCGCGUUGGCCGCACGGCCCGUGCAGGUCGACAGGGCCAGGCCAUCACGCUGGUGACCCAGUAUGACAUCCACUUGGUGCAUGCCAUCGAGGAGCAGAUCAAAAAGAAGCUGGAGGAGCUGGAGGUGGAGGAGGCCGAAGUGCUGCAGAUCCUCACUCAGGUCAAUGUGACGCGGCGCGAGUGUGAGAUUAAACUGGAGGCGGCCAACUUUGACCAGAAGAAGGAGAUCAACAAGCGGAAGCAGCUGAUCCUGGAGGGGAAGGACCCCGACCUGGAGGCCAAGCGCAAAGCUGAGCUUGCCAAGAUCAAGCAGAAGAAUCGGCGCUUCAAGGAGAAGGUGGAGAAGACGCUGCAGAAGAAGGGGGGCCGCGGGCGCCCUCCCUCGGCCCCAGCCCCUGACCCCACCCAAGCUCCGCCCUGACCCCACAGCCCCCAUCCCCCCCUGAGAUCCCUGAGGCUGUGCGCAGGCACCACUGUGUCCUUCCUGCGUCCCCCACAACACCC